GGGGGUGGCUGCCCCUCUAACCCUGGCCCCUGUAAGCCACGCCCACGCUAACCCAGGGUCCUCUCCUGACACGUGGUUCCCCUCUUUGUCCCUAUCAGGAUGCCCCGACACCGCCCGUUCCCAUGAACCACUACAGGGCUCUAAUGCGACUGCACAACGAACUGAUGGACAUCACUAAGGACCCCCCUCCCAUGUGCUCUGCGGGGCCAGUGAACGAUGACAUGUUCACGUGGAGGGGGUCUGUCAUGGGUCAGGAUGACAGCCCUUACGAGGGAGGGGUCUUCUCACUAAGCAUACACUUUCCUUGCAAUUACCCCUUCAAACCUCCGCGGAUUUACUUCACCACCCGGAUCUACCACCCCAAUAUCAACAAAAGAGGGAAUAUCUGUCUAGAUAUUCUCAAGUCCCAGUGGUCUCCCGCACUGACGAUAUCCAAAGUCUUGUUGUCCAUCAGCUCCAUAUUGUGUGACCCCAACCCCAAGGAUGCCUUAGUUCCAUCCAUUGCGAGAAUGUACUUAAAGGAUAGGGAUAACUAUAAUAGCAUAGCUCGAGCUUGGACCAGAAAAUACGCCAUGUGAGUGAGAAGUAAAUGAUAAACCACCACCUUAAUAAAACACCUGGCUACUGAA